UUGUGAAAAUGGAGGCUUUGUCUGCAGCAAACACUCAGUUCUCCCUCAACCUGUUCAAGAAGAUCAGUGGAGGAAACGCAUCAGGAAAUGUGUUCUACUCUCUUGUCAGCAUCUCCUCGGCUCUGGCCAUGGUGUCGCUCGGUGCAAGAGGAAACACAGCAGCUGAGAUGAGUCAGGUGAUCUCACACUUAAAGAAGAUCAAGGACUUGCUGCCAUAUGGAGUCCUCGAUACACUGACGAGACUGGUCUUGGUGAACGCCAUCUACUUCAAGGGGAACUGGGAGAAGAAAUUCCCAAAGGAAGCCACCAGUGAUGGGCAGUUUAAGAUGAACCAGAAUCUAACUAAACCAGUGAAGAUGAUGUAUCAAAAGGCACAGUUUCCUCUGGCCUUCAUCCCAGAGAUUAACAGUCAGGUUCUGGAGCUGCCUCUUCUCAUCAGCAUGGGAAUGGAGGAUGUUUUUGACCCGCUGAAGGUGAAUCUUUCAGGCAUGUCCUCCAACAACGACCUGGUGCUGUCGAAGGUGAUUCAUAAAGCCUUUGUUGAAGUAAACGAGGAAGGAACUGAAGCGGCUGUAGCCACCGAUGCUGUUGUUGCAGUACGUUCAUUUGCAGAGAUGUUCAACACAGAUCACCCGUUCCUUUUCUUCAUCCGGCAUAAUCCCUCCAAUGCCAUUCUGUUCUAUGGACGCUUCUGUUCUCCUUGA